AUGUCUGGAUCCGCUAUUCCCCUUCCUGGCCCUGUCAAGAUCAUCCUGCCACUUCAGCUUUUCUUAUUAUCCGGUCCCGAUAUUCCAUCUCCCCUCUCUCCAGAGGAAGCCUCCAAACACCCCCUCUCCCAGUCUGCUAGGACUCCUAGGUCCAGCCCUAGCCCUAGCACCGGCUCCGCCCACCUCGACCUCAGCUCUCAGCCCGUCAAGUCUGAGGUCUUUAUUAAGUACCGUAUUCAACUUAUCUCCCUACACUAUCAAUACCGCAAGGCAUUGAUCGAGCAUGAGGUUACUACUCGUCGUGUUGCCGAUGAACUUGCAGAUCAUCCUGCGGAACGGUCUGCGGCGUUAUCGGAGCUAGAAAGGAAGCAUCAGAAGUGUCUCUUGAUCAUGCAGAAGUUUGAGAACGACAUUGCAGGGCUUACAGAAGCCAUUCAGGAAGAGAAGACAAAGGAGGAGAAGGCAAAGGAGGAGAAGGCAAAGCAGGGAAAGAAAAAGGCGGAUGAUGCCAUCAACACCAAGAAUGAACUCGAAGUCGAGUUGAAGCUUAAGCUGCAGGCGAUGGCUCUUGUAGACGAUGAUAAGGAUGAAGAAGAAGGGGGAGUUCCUCUUCAAGCUGGAUAUGAAUACUAG